AUGGAUGCUCAGCCAAGCGCGCCCAUGCCCACAUUUGAUGGAGCUGGGUGGCUAAGCGGAGUUAAAAUCCUGAAGUGUAAGGAUGACCCGUCGCUUACAUGGGUAAAGGAAGCUGUAAAAACUCUUCCUAGCCUAUGGGAGAAUGGGAGACUGGAGGUGGUGGACCGCAAUGAUAUUCCAUCGGUGCCCAAGGCGAAGGUAAUUAUACCUCGCGUGGUGGACCCGGAAUAUGCUUUGCGGCUGCUACAACGGCAGAAUCCGGACGUGCCGACUAGCGACUGGGGGGUGUUGAGCGUGGCAAAAUCUUCAAAUGAAGAUGGAGGCCAAAGCUACAUCCUCCAGAUCAAUUAG